AUGGCUGCCGCUCGCCUUGUUCUGCGCUCUUCGCGCGCUGCGCUUUCAUAUGCGCGCCCCUUCAGCGCCUCCGCGUUCCGCUUCAAGGACCUCAAUGAGCGCGGCAAUGACAACGUCGAUGAGCACCGCAAGAGACAGAUGGAGAAGCCGCUCAACCCGCACAUGACGAACACCACCUCGACCAUUGCUAAUGAGCUGCCCUCAAUCGGCAAAGACGGCCCGCCGCCCGAAAUGCUCAGCUCGGUCGACCCCAACUUCGUGCCCAAGGACGCGGUGCCUGAGAAGACGCAGCAUAUGACCGGAGGCACUCAGAAAGGCGCGCCCGAGGCCGGUGUGAAUUCUGAGCUGCAGGUCGGCGAGCUCGAAGGUGCCAAGUUCCGCAUCGAGCCUAUCCAAAGGGUUGGCGAGGAUUCCAACACCAUGCGGGCAAGGUUAAUCUACCAGAGUCGGAAGCGCGGCAUCCUCGAAAGUGACCUUCUUCUGUCCACCUUUGCCGAUGCCAACCUGGGAUCAAUGUCGGCCGAAGAGCUGCGCGAGUACGAUCGGUUCCUUGAUGAGAACGACUGGGACAUCUACUACUGGGCUACACAAGAACCCGCUCCGACAUCGAGGGAGACUGCCGAGGGUUCCGGUGCGGACUUGGCCACGCCAACCGCACAGGGCAAAUCGCAGGAGACUUGGAGCAGCGGCCAGCCCAAGUCUGGAGAAUGGGCUCAAACUGUCGGCACUUUCAAGCCUGCCUACAGGCCAGUGCCUCAGCGUUGGAAGAACUCGACCCUCUUGACGAAGCUGCGGGAACACGUGAGGGCUCGCAGUGCUGGCGGCGUCCAUCCCGGUGACGCAAAGGUCGGUAACGAGUCAGCAAAGGCAGGCACUGGUGGUGGUGGUCUAGGAAGGAUGCCCGAGCUGAAGACGUUCGAUCAGUAG